GAAACACUGCAUUGCAUCUAGCAGCUAAAAAUGGCCACAGUGAUGUGGUAGAGAUUCUUCUUCAACAGUGGGAAGAUAUAAACGAAUUCAAUCAGCACAAUGUCAGUGCAUUGCAUGUUGCCACCCAAAAUGGACACACACCUUUGGUCAGAUUUCUUAUCAGUCGUAAUAUUGAUCUGGAUGCUCAGUCUCAGAAAAAUAAUUCUCCUCUACAUUUGGCUAUCACAAAAAACAAUUUAUCAGUGAUCAAUAGUUUAAUAAAGGCAAACCAUAACAUAAAUUGCCUAAAUAAGAGACAUCAAACACCUUUACAUCUGGCAGCAGACCUUGGAAAUGUGGAAAUAAUAGAAACGCUGCUAAAGGCAGGCUGUGACUUCAGCAUGGUAGAUAAGCAAGGAAAAACCGCACUUGCUGUAGCAUCCAGAAGCAAUCAUGCCUUAGUUGUAGACAUGAUUAUAAAAGCACAGAGAUACUACAUCUGGAAACAGAAAAAUUCAGAGCAGAAAAUAAUGCUGGCACAGAAUCCAAGAAAUGUUCCGUUUCAUGAAAUUCAAGGAAAUCUGAAGCAAUGAAAUAGGAUAAUAAAUAAGUAUUAAAAUAUUAUUUAUAACUAAAUUCUCCAAUGUUUCUCUAUAAAGUAAGUUUAUCUUCUCACCAUUUCUGUAAUAUCUCCCACCCCAUCAACUUUCCAUCCCCAUGCUAACUAGGACUUUUCCACUUCCAUUGGCUUUUUUCAAUCCCACUUCACCAUUCAGAAAUUUCCAGCUUUCUGAUUCAUUUUUUAAAAUUUUGAGUGGCCAUACCCCACUCAGCAUGAGUGACUUAUAUUUGGAGGUGGAAAAAUAAUAUGGGGUUAUGUGACUUCUUGGGUUACAAAAGCAGUGGGGAAAUGAACGUGGCAGUAGCUGAAGAUCUGCUUGAAAAUAAUUCCAGUCAAUUAUAGAUUUUUUUUUUUACUUCUGUGUAUGGCUGAUAACUCCUGUAGGAAUCCACUUGCACCUGAGGGCAUAUGAGCAACUCUGCCAUAAAUCUGUACAUAAUACUGCUUCACUCUAUUUUUUCCAGAAUUAAAUAUUUCUUGAUAUGAUAGUCACAUUGCUUCCACAAAUAUACUUCUUUGAUAUUUUAAAUAAAAUAUUUUCUAAGAACACUCAUGUGAAAACAGUAGCACAUUGUAUUAUGAACAAAACAAAUGAAGUUGGAUUUAAAAGGAUAAGACAAACUCUGUCUUCAAACACCGUCAUCACAUAAUCAAAUUGACUUUGUGUUUGAGACUCUUUUGAGUAGAAUUCUGUACAGGGAAAUAUGGCAGACAGCCAUACCAAG